CAGAUAAAUCUGUGUGUGUGUAAUUUUUUAUCGCUUGUGUCUGAUAUUUUAAUGCAAAAUGAGCGAGCGACAGUUCCAUUUAAAAUUUGGCGGAUCGGCAGCGGCGUCGGUGGAUGCUUAUCUGGAGUACAAAAGGAUUGUUGGCGAUGAUGACGGAGGCAAACUCUUCACUCCUGAGCAAUAUGAAGCUUACAAGAAGAGAGUUCUGCCCAUGAGACUGGAGAAUAGGUUGUAUGUGGCCUGGGUGUCCCCUACCCUGAUGGACUGUAAACUGAUGGGACCAGAAACAGUGUGUUUUUGUCAACACAGGUUCCGUGAACACAAGACAGACUUCGACAAGAUACCUGGGGAGCGCCCCAUACACCUACCGUGUAGAGCGAAGAAGUGUCGAUGUGCAUCCUACCACUAUGUACCUCUCAAUGGCAGUCAGCCUAUACGAUGUCGUUGUAAACACUUCUCUGAUGAGCAUGGUGCAGCAGAACCAUAUGAUUGUAGAUCAGCAGGCUGUCAGUGUUCUGGUUUCUCCAGCUCCUUCACCUGUGGGUGCGGGGCACCCUACCAUCAACACCACACCCUGGUGGAGACCAGAGAGGAGAGAGCAGCCCGAGGGCACCCGGUGGGGCGGGAUGUGCCCUAUCAGGCCAUGGGGGGCCUCACAGGCUUCUCGUCACUGAUGGAGGGCUACCUGAGGCUUGACCCCAGUGGAUUAGGAGCUCCAUCCCAAGAAUUCUUAAAUCAACCAAUCACUGCAUCAGAUAACCCAUUUCUGAGAGCUAAUGUGGAGUCCAUCAAAGCUGACAAGAUGAAGAACAGGUCUGUGAAAGAAUCUUCACAAGGUCAUUUGGUGGAUGAGGAUUUGGCUGAGAGAAUGUCGGCUUUGCGACGCCCGGGCGAAUCUGACAUGGACUACUUCGAGAGGAGGUACCAAGAAAGGUUGAAGGCAGAGAAACGGCAAGCCAGAGAUUUGCCAUCCACAGAUAGAUUCUCCAAGGGCAAGAGGAUCACUGGUCCAUCAACGUCUCAGGCCACGCCUUCGUCAGGGUCACACGCUCCGUCCUUGUCAAUCAACAGUCAUCAAUCGUCCAGAAGUAACCAGUCCAGUUCUAGGGCCCCAGCCUCCACAAAUAAAAGCCAUUUAAAGACUCGAUGCCCUCCACCCUCGGGCAAAAGCAAAGCCCCUUCAGGCUCUGGGUUACAGGCAGUUGGAAAAGGAGUUCAUAAAUAGUCAUAACGGUUUCAUGCCUGACUCGGUAUGAUGUACUGGUCGGCUAAUAAAAUCUUUUUUCCAGUUCACUGGAUCCAGAAAUACGGCCUAAUAAGCCUAAUCGGUAUUUCAGUAGCCUCACGAGUUCACGCAGGCUUGCACGUGACAAGACGAGGGCUCUCGCAAGCUGAAUUAAAUGUACAGUCAAGUCUGGCCACAUACCCCUACUAACUUUCCAUAAGCGACAAU